AUCUUUUCUUUGUGAGCAUUAUCUUACGCACUAUUAUUUUACAGCACCAAGCGACCAGAGGCGGCAAGAGUUUGGGACCGGAGCAACAUAAGGAAAGCAGUUUUCGCAGCUAAAUGCGCGUUUGGAUUCGGCGGCUGGGCCACGACAUAAGCAGACACACACGCAGUAUCCACACCAGCACCACACUUGCCAUGAAGUGGAGCAUCCAAAUCGUCAGCCCCGCCACGCACACGACCUCAGCGACGUCGGUGCUGGUGCAUUUCGACAAGGGCCGCUAUCUGUUCAACUGCGGCGAGGGCGUGCAGCGGCUGAGCUUCGAGAACAAACUGCGGCUGAGCCGGCUGGGCAACAUUUUCCUGACACGCGUCCACUGGGAGGCCAUGGGCGGACUGCCCGGCAUGCUCCUGACGCUGGCAGACGGCGGCACGCAGAACCUGCGGGUCAGCGGCGGACCCAACCUGGCCCAUGCCCUGGCAGCCACCCGGCACUUCAUUCUGCGCGGGAAUAUGGGCGUCAGCGCCAACGAAAUGCGGUCGCCCAAUGAUGUGUUCCAGGACGACAACCUCAAGGUCAGGGCGGUGCAUGUAUACCCGGCCCACUACACGCCGCGGGCCCAGGAGCUGGCCAUUGACGAGUCCAACGACAUGCAGAUAAGGCACCAGCUGAUUGCCCGCGCAUUCGGCAAGCCGCAGGCAGAGCAGCAGACGGGCCGCCGCAAAACCCCGCUGGUGCAGCAGAAAAAGGGCUACUAUAAGAAAUGCUCGGGCGGCGAGAUCGAGCAGCGCCUGGCCGACGAGCCGGGGCAGAAGCGCGCGCGGUCGCCGGAGCAGCGCACCCGACAUAUCUCGGAAACCAGCCUGCCCGCAGCCACGCCCACCGAGGCUGCGCUCUGCUACAUCUGCGAGGGCCCUGAGGUGCCAGGCAAAUUCGAUGUCAAGGCUGCGCAGGCCCUGGGCUUGCGGCCCGGCCCACUGUACGGGCGGCUGCAGCGCGGCGAGACCGUCGAGGGACCGAAUGGACCGAUCCGCCCGGAGCAGUGCGUCGGCGCGACACGCCCGGGCCGUGUUUUCGCGAUCAUCGAAUGCCCAAGCCCGGCGUACAUUGAAAGCGUCACUAAUAACCAGCAGCUGCUGGCGUUGCAGGGGAGCGAGCGGCUGCUGGUGGUGGUGCAUGCGCUGGGUGCAGGCGUGGCGACGGACGCGCGGUACCGGCAGUGGGCGGGUGGGUUCGCAAAGCACGUGCAGCAUAUGGUCAGUGCUCCGGAGGUGGUCCCCGAUGGCAAUCCGUUCCAGCGCCAUCUGCGCGUCCAGGCGGCCAUGGCGGCGGUGGAUCCGCUUGCCUAUGUGCUGCCAAUGAGCAGCGGGACGGCCGAGCUGCCGCUGGAUGCGUUUCUGCAAGGGAAGAAUGUCGUGCGGGCGCAGAGCCUGCUGCGGUUCGAGGUCGAGCCGCGUCCGCGCCUGGUCACCGACGAUGUGCCGGAGCUGCGCACGCCCGAGGCGAUGCUGGCCAGUGCCCAGGCCGGCACCCUGUAUGCUGGCGAGCCGAAUGACGAGGCGCCCACGACGAGCCCGACAGAAGUGCAGGGCAGGGAGUCAGGCCUGGUGGUGUGUCCGAUCGGCACCGGGUCGUCGGUGCCCAGCAUCUACCGCAACGUCAGCGCCAAUAUCCUGGACGUGCCCGGCUACGGCGGCGUGGUGCUGGACUGCGGCGAGUCGACAGUGGCACAGCUCAAGCGGUUCCUGGGCCACCAGCGCCUUAACCCGCACAAUCGCCGCAUUCCCAAGACCUUUGAGCAGUUCGUGCAGUCGCUGCGCCUGCUGUACAUCUCGCACAUGCACGCCGACCACCACCUAGGCGCCAUCCUGCUCCUGCACGAGUGGGCCAGGCUCUCGGAGCCGUCCAAGCGGCUCACAGUGCUGGCGCCGGCUCGGUUCCAUGCCUGGCUCAACGACUUUGCUGGCGUGCAGCCGCUGGGCCUGGAGCGCAUUGACUUCAUUGACUGCCAGGACGCACGCAUUGACGGGCGGUCCUCCGCGGCCCGCGCGCUGCUAGGCCAGGCCAAGGCUGCGCUGGGGCUGACGGAGCUGGCCACGUGCGGCGUGGUCCACUGCCCGUGGGCAUACGGCCUGGCCAUGACGCACCAGUCGGGCUGGCGGCUGGUGUAUUCGGGCGACACGCGGCCAUGCAAGAGCCUGGUAGACCUGGGCCGGCGCACGCCGGUGACAGUGCUUUUGCAUGAGGCGACGCACUCGGACGAUCUGCUGGAGGACGCGAUAGCCAAGCGCCACACGACGGUCAGCGAGGCCGUGGCCAUGGCUGUAGCCAUGCAGGCAGAGAACCUGCUGAUGACGCAUUUCAGCCAGCGGUGUCUGGCGCUGCCGCGGUGGAGCGCCCCGGCUAUCUGCAGUGCCAGUGUGCCGCGGCUCGGCCCGCUGGUGGAUGGCCCGGCGCCUGUGGAUUACGAGGGGACGCAGGAGCUGCUGGGCAACCUGAACAUUGCCUCGGCCUUUGAUAUGUCAGCCUACGGCCCCGCCGAUAUCGCCAGAUAUAGGAAGAAUGCCGCGAAGUUGCGUCAGGUCUUGCGUAACGAGAUCCGCGCCCUGGCUGCUGAGGAGGCCGAGGAUGUCGAUGAGGAGGAUCCUAAGAGUCCGCCCAAAAAGACGACCGCGAACAAGCUGCAAAAAUAGACACUCCAUGCACUUUGAUCACAAAUCACAUAUGGCUUUUUUUGUUUCCUGUAAAAAAAACACACCCAAUGCCCC